AUGGUGUUGAUGAAUGCGGUUAUUAGUGCUAUAAUUGUGUAUACUAUGUCAUUUUACAAAGCUCCCUCAAAAGUGAUGAAAGAAAUUACUAGCAUACACAAUAAUUUUUCGUGGAACAACACUGGGGAGAAAAGAAAUGUUCAUUGUAUAAGUUGGACAAAAGUUUGCAAAGAUAAAGAGGACGGAGGACUCAGAGCAAAGAAUAUAAGUAUGUUCAAUAAAGCGCUUUUAUUAAAGUGGAAGUGGAGAAUUCUUAUUGAUAAAGAGGCUUAUUGGUCGAGUAUAUUGAAUCAUAGAUACUACAACCCUACUCUUAUUCUAUUCACCAAAGUUGACCAGACCAAAGAGCAAAACCAAUCCAUACGGUGGAGAGACAUGUUUAUUGAGAAUGUCAUAUGUAGUAUAGGAGAUGGUAGAAAUAUCUCAUUCUGGAAGAGUAAAUGGAUUAAUAAUCAAACUCUCAAGAAUUUGUUUCCUUCUCUAUUAAUUCAAUCAGAAUUGAAGGAAGCAAGUGUGGCGGACAUGGGGUGUGGAACAAUAAUGGUUGGUCAUGGAGAGUAG